AUGGAUGUUAUUAAUGAUAUGAUCUUACUUCCAUUUACCAACACUUGUGUUGAUUGCACAAAAUCUCUUACUUCUUACCGAUACAAAUUAGUCCAUAUUAUUGACUGUUUUAAAAUUACUCGAGCGGUAGCUGUAACUGCGGAGUGUAAAACGUGUACAUUAAUUUAUAAUCAUUCUUCAUGGUAUUCAUUAAAAUUUCGAUGGCGAAAAAUCAAUAAUUCAUCAUUAGAUAGCGUACUUAAGAUAUUUUAUUUAUGCGAUUCAUUUGGAUUUACAUACUCGGUUUUCUUCGAUUAUACAUGCCAACUUUUACAUGACCAGUGUCCAUUCCAAUCUUUUUCUCGAAUAUUGAUUGAUAGAUACAAUUAUGAACAUCAAAAUAACAAUAUUAUUCUACAGCCUACUCCAUUAGCAAAAUUAUUUCAAUCUCAUUGGUUAUUAUACCAAAUUGUACGCUUUGAAUUUAUGCUAGGAAAGACACAGAUAGUGAAUUUACCUGUUUCCCUUAAUCGAAAUGAACUCAAUUACCAUUUUGAAUGUUAUUCUGACUGGUGGCAUCAUUUAUUUACUACAUUUUGGUCAAGACAUAAGUCAAUUCCAAAUAUCAAGUGUUCUCCAUCGGAUUGUAGUCGGUGUGUCAUUGUCGAUGGUCAUCAAAAAUGUCGACGUUUAGUAUGUAGUUUUAAAAACGUUGUCGAUACUUCCAUUGAUGAGCUGACUGCAAUUGAAAUCGGAUGCCCUUAUACACCUUGUCGAAGAACAGAAGUUUCUAAUUCAGUCGAUGCAAUAUAUUGUCGAUAUCAUCAACCAUCAGUUCUUGUGUCACCUUCUGUCCAUUUAGACAAAGCUGGUCAUAUGGCUGCCGAAUUCUCGAAGCGGGAUAGAGAUUUUCUUUCCGAACAUAAAAGUCAUUGUCAGAAUUAUCGUAAUGAUAGUGAAGAAAUUAAAAAAAAUAAGACAUAUGGCAUUUUAGCAUCUUACCAUCCAUGUGGGAUUGCAAUUGGCUUUACCGAAGCAAUUAAAGCUGAAGGAAUGCGAUCAGUGACUCGUCAUCUUUUACUUAUGAUUAUUGGUGGGUGUCUUAUGCCAGAUGCACUCAUGUAUGAUUGCGCCUGUGCUUUAAAACUUCAUUGGAAUAAAUGGCUAGGUACAGAUAUGCUCAAGUCGUCGUCGUUAACACAACAGCUGCCAUUUCAUCUUGCUCUGGAUAACUUUCAUCAAAAAACACAUUCGAGAUCAAUGUGCCAAACCAUUAUGAAAUCCGAUCAUCCAUCACAUGAAGGACGAUUUAUUGGUCUAAAUAGUCAAGCAGCCGAACAAGCAUUUCAAUAUAUAUCCCGAGCCAAAUUUGCAUUACGAAAUUUUUCAUUUCCACAUUCGACAAUAAUGUUAUUGAUUAUGCUCCACCUCCUGAACUGCAAAAUGACCGGCAUCAACUUAGAAACAAUUGGUUUAGGAUUUCGGUAUUUUGGCGAUAUAAUCAAAGACUUUUUUCCUACACCAUGUGUAUAUGAACGUUUUGGCUCGCUAAACGAUGAAGAACUGAAAAAGGAUGAAGAUGAUGAUCAAUCGGAUCUUGAUCACAAUGUUACAUCUGAAGAUAUGCCAUAG